ACCAUCCACACAGAAACAAAAUCACAUUCCAUUCGCCAUAGUUGCAAUUGUAAAAUCAAAAUUAAAAUCAAAAUCUAGGGUUUUGUUGCGGAGAGAGCGAAGAAGCAAUGGCGCUGAGAAGAUUCUACAAUGAGAUAAAGGGGAAGAAGGUGAGCGAGGUUCCGGAGCACGUGAAGCCGAUGCUGUCGUUGAAUUACAUAAAGAGAGCGAUUCAGCGAGGCAUGGAUAACUACCACGCCAAGUACAUCGAGGCCGAUUCUCCCGAUCCCAUUUUCCAUGUCUGCUUCGGCGGCAUGAUCUUCUCCUACCUCGUCGCUCUCCCCCACGAGCGCCGCCACCUCGAGCACAUUCAGCAGCACGCCCAGCAGCACCACUGAUUCCUUCAGCAGGAUUCUGGUUGUUGAAUCGGAGGUGGCUGAUCUGAAAAACGAAUGCAGAAAGACACUGUCAGCUUCGAUGUAUUUUAUCAUUCGGAUGACAAUAAAAAGGUCUAUUUGAUACAAUUCUGAUUUUUCUCGCACUUAAUUGUUAAUCGAACUUGUGAAAAGAAAACAUACUUUCUUAGUCCACUUGACGUGGAGAUUUUCUUUUUCAACUGCUCACCUUGUAGGAUGAGUUUCACAUCUGAAACAAAUCAUAGUUUGUCAAAGUUGAAUUUUUCAUCAGGUAAAGCUGAAUGGGUUUAGUCUUUUAAUGGCUGCACUCGAAUCUUGUACAUUAUAUGAACUGUUCUCGUUUAUAAUAAAGCCAUUGGUUAAAUUUA